AUGCCAACUUGGGAGCAAGCGGGCAAGAAAAAGGUGGAAACAAUCGAGAUGGACGACGUGGAGAUGGAGAAGCUGGAUGCCCAGCCUCAGGACCCGAGAAGCGCGUCCGCGCCAAUGCUGGUAAAUGCCGCAUGCGCACCCAUGUGGUCUCCCCACUCACCCCCACGCUCUUUGCGCUCGCCACCACAGCGCUCACCCUAUGAUCCUCCGGCGCGUUCGCCGUUUAGAUUGCCGGCGAACGAGGGCUAUGGAUACGCUCCACCUCAGCAGGCUCCGUUUCUGGGCGGCGCGCUGCCAUCUCCAGGCUCAUACCACUCAGGGCAGGAGACAGGCGUUGCUGGCAGCAGCGAUCGGAGACAGCAUGGCACCGUUUCUCCGGCGCCAUACCCGGGGUAUAACAACAUGCCUUAUGGAGAUGAUCAGUAUACUGACUACAGUGGCACGACGUACGCUCCAUCCAGAUCGACUAGAUACGAGCCGUCGAUGAAUGAUCCCUAUCAGCAAUCACGAGGACAAGCACAAUCUCCGCAAGGCUGGCAGGACCAGCGCUUGGGAAGGAAGCCUGUGCAGGGCUCAUGGCGGGAUAUCUAG